UUGGUCGUGCGCAGAGCACGCUUACAUCAAGCGCGAGCGCUGCCGAAUCUCGCCGAAACCCGAGCCCCGAUUGGCCGAACCCAGAACAAUAAUCUCGAAAAUGGAACGAAUGACCGACCGUUUCUGUGUAGAUCUAACGUAAACGACACUAUUUUUUUUUCUAUUCGGUAUGCCUUGUGGAUCGUGCCCGAAUGUGUAUUAAUGACCGUGUAUUUGAGUACAGUGUUCCGAAUUGAGUGCUAAACGUUUUCUAGGUCUGCUUGAUUCACUUCAGCGUUUACAAGGGCGUGAAAUUUGACUUGUUAAAUGUGUUAAGUAAAAAGGUGUGAACUAUUAGAAUUUGCUCGAACUCGUGUCUGUCCGUACGUUUGUGUGAGGCAGACUUUAGACUUAGUUUAUUAUAUUUUGUGCAAUUCCGUAUUAACGUAAAGAGGAUUGUGAAGGACUCAUAUACUGUGGCUGGUGAUGUGAGUAUCUGGAUCGUGCGUCGAGCCAAUGAUGACAACUGUCGUGGCGCGAGGGGACGCCGACCGGAGCGUACCGAUAAUACGUCUACACACCCUAACUCAUCAUGUUCACCAGGUUCGACCAGGGCAAGUCAACAAAAGGCGCGAGCAAACUCCGACGCGACCUGAUCAAUGCAGAAAUCGCAAACCUCCGGGACUUGCUUCCUCUACCUCCUUCCACCAGACAGCGGCUCUCACAACUACAACUAAUGGCUCUCGUGUGCGUCUAUGUCAGAAAAUCCAACUAUUUCCAACAAGUAUUCAAACGCUUUGACAUAAGCCAUCAACCAACGACGUCAUCGAAUUUCGGAUUCUCAAAGGCACUUAACGGGUUUCUGAUGAUGAUGACGCAAAAUGGGAAACUGCUUUACAUAUCUGACAACGCGGCUGAAUACCUCGGGCAUUCUAUGGAAGAUCUCCUAAUCCACGGGGAUAGUGUAUACGACGUCAUAGAUAAGCAGGAUCAACAAGCUGUUAGAACCGAGUUGACCAGGUCACCGGCCGAUGGAGAAGACAGGGUGUUCUUGUGCCGGAUGAAUGUGGCCAGAAAUGCUCGGAGGCAGAUGCGCUUUGGUGAUCAAAAGGUAGUUCUUGUGCGGGGUCACUACGUGUCAUAUCUGCCGCUGUGCAGCCGCAACGAGCCGGUGUUUGUGGCGGUGUGCACGCCGCUCGCGAUGCCGGAGACCCGCGAGUGCGUGGUGCACGGAGCCACCAACGUCUUCACCACGCUACACGCCAUGGACAUGAAGAUACUCCACGUUGACACCAAUAGCGAGUGGCAUUUAGGUUGGGAGCGAAGUUCAUUGCACGGAGUCAGCUGGUACCACCUUCUCCAUCCUGACUGCUGUAAGGAGGCACAAAGCAAGCAUCGAUUAAUUACGCAAUCGGAACAAGAAAGGUCCUGCAUUGCACUGCUCAGGCUGCAGAGGAGAUCUGGCCAAUUCCUGUGGGUCCACACCGUGUUGCAGCUCAAAGACAAUCUGGAGAACUCGCAGCGACCGCUGAUAGUCUGCACCAAUCAGGUUUUGAGUGAACAUGAAGCAGCAGUAAUGAAAGCGAACCCUUGGCUCUACCACUACUACGCUGUCCAAUCGAAAAUCCACUACGGGCUCGCCUACGAAGCGGCAACCAGAAUGUACGGACCUCCGCCUCCGGACCUACAAGUUUACCCGUCGGCGGUUCAAUAUACACCGGCUCCACCAGUCUGUAUCAACGGAACCCAACCGAUGGUUAUGCAACCUGGGCUGCAGACUCCCAUACCGCAUGUGCCAACUCAUCUGACUCCAAUGCACUACGCCUACGAUAGAUCAGACACAGGACCUGUAGAUUAUUCCGUCUCAUUACAAGAGAGCAGGUACCACAAUAUACGGGUAGAGGAUACCAGGAUUCAGUCUAAUGCUAAACGAAAAGGAAAAAACGCUGAGGAAAAGCCCAGUACGCCUAAUUCCAAUUUAUCUCCCAGGUGCACACCAUCAACGGUUACAUCCGGUGGAGAUAUUUUGGUAGCCGUAUCUGCGGGCUCGAUUGCAAGUAGACGCCCUGGUUCUAAAAACUUUAAUAUCACUGAAACCGAAAUAGUCGACCAGUGGAAUCCAAGUCCGACAUGGUCCGAGACGGCACUUCAGAAAGUUCCUGAUGUUUGUCACCAAGAUUUAAGUCCAUAUGUGACUACAACGCCUCCGACACCCACAGGCACACCCUCGGCGUACACACACAACUACAGCCAUACAUUUGUUUUCGACUGGUCACCAGAGCAAUAUGUUCCUCAUACUAACAAUAGAUGUAAUACAGUGACAACGGAAAGUUCCUUUCAACAGACUUGGAAUAGAAGUCAAAGAACAUUCGCUAAUAGCGGAGAGAGUUCUGUAGAUGAGAUUUGCAAUACUAAUAGGUUAAGUUUAACAAUGAGGGUCAGUAAUCCACCGCCUUACAAUGUAACCAGCGAAGGGGAAAUGCUUAGGAGGCAGAUAGAUCGUGGACAUCCCGAUUCCCCGGAUGCGAAAAAGCCCGCAUUAUAACUAUUACCUGUAUAAUGACAUUUUAAUUUUAGUAUCAUAUUGUUUUGUUACCUGUAAUUAUUUUAUAUAAUUAUAAUGUUGAAUAGAAGAAAUACUAGCUCUGGAACUCUCCUGUGAUCUUGUAUUAUAUGAAUAAAUAUAAUUUGUGUAUAGUAGCAAUUGUACAUAAAGAAUUACUGUUUACGUAAAAUCGUGAGCUCUAGGAUAUCAUUGAAAGUAAAUAGCGUUGAAUUUAUAAUAUUGCGUUUAUGUGUCAAAAGUGUUUUUUACGGAAGAUGAAAUAUCUUUUCCAUUUUAAAAGUUUUAUCGGUAAAGAUACUUUUGAAGUCCGCUGUCCUAAACAUUUUUUACCGUGGUACUUAUAGUAAGGAAUUCUCACUUUAAUUUUGUUAAAUAAGUAGGUAGGAGUAAGUACUUAACGCGUUUAUUCGCUUAGUGCGUUUUUGUUUUAUUUGUAAACAUUGUUAAUGUAUAUUCAACUUGUUUUAAAUAUUUAUCGAAUUAACUUGUGUUAUUAUUAUAAAAAUAUUCCUGUAGUUUUAUAAUCGAUUUGUAUACAACUUGUAUUUUUGUAAGUAGUAUUAAAUAUUCGUACCGUCCGAAAUAUGGUCCAUGUUGUACAAAGUAGUCUUACUAUAUUAUAUGAUUCCAAAUUUGGUAUAGCCAUUAUAGGUUAUAUUAAACUUGUAUAAACCUAUUGUGUGAAUUUUGAAAAUAAAAAGUUUUG